UGUAUCUGGGGUAGGCGGGUCAGAACAGUUUUCCAGGUUGGGGGCCGUCGAGGCGUUGGGGGUCCCAUGGCUCCAAGGGCCAAGUCUCCGCGGCUGGUGCUCCUGUUUAGCGGCAAGAGGAAGUCCGGGAAGGACUUCGUGACGGAUGAGUUGCGGAGCAGGCUGGGGACGGAUAUGUGUGCUGUGCUUCGGCUCUCUGGACCCCUCAAGGAGCAGUACGCCCAGGAACAUGGACUGGACUUCCAGCGACUCCUUGAUGCCAGCAGCUACAAAGAGGCCUUUCGGCAGGACAUGAUCCGCUGGGGAGAGGAGAAGAGGAAGGUGGACCCAGGCUUCUUCUGCAGGAAGGUUGUGGAGGGGGUCCCCCAGCCUGUCUGGUUGGUGAGUGAUGCUCGGCGCAUGUCAGAUAUUCAGUGGUUCCAGUCCUCCUUUGGUGAUGUGACCCAGCUGGUCCGAGUAGUGGCAUCAGAGGAAAGCCGGCAGCAGCGGGGCUGGGUGUUCACAGCAGGAGUGGAUGAUGCUGAAUCAGAAUGCGGCCUGGACCACUAUGGAGCAUUUGAUUGGGUCAUUGAGAACCACGGUGAAGAUCAGAAGCUGGGGCAGCAGUUGGGGAAGCUGGUGGACUUUAUCCACAGUAAACUGCAGCCCUCUGUGUGUGAGGAUCAGGCUGAGAGGAGCUGACUGCCCCUAGGGCAGUGAGGGCAGGUGUGUGCAGUGGCAGGAAGAGGAGGAGUGGUGCACUGAGGCUGCUGUCCUCUGGGAGAGGCCACAGGGCUGAGGUUGAAUUCCAGUGCUGUGGACAUUUGGGUGUGCAGCCUGACUUCUGGAUCUGCUUCCCUGAUGUAGACAGUAAUUAAUCCCUGCUUCUUGGGGCUGGGCUAAGACUGAAGGGGUAGAAAGUCAGGAUGAAGUGAACGUGGCCAUGAAGAACACGAAAAUAUUAUCAGUGGUCUACAGAUGUCUCCUUGGGGUUCAAAGGGGCAAUAGUGCCUUUGGUGCCAUGGACUUUGGGCCCCAUCAUCUGCAGCUCCAGACACCCUGUGGUUUAGAUAGGGAUGUCAGUUGCGGUAAUGAUGACUGGUAUUCAUAAACCUUGGAGAGCCGAGGGCACACUCACUGCUGGGCUGGCAUCUGAUCUCUCACAUGCAGCUUGCUCUCUAGGGUCAGAGUAGGGCUGGGAGUGGGGUGAGGUGGUGGAGAGAGAGCCCUUGGAAGAUCUUAGAGUUGCCCAGUGUCUGGUUCUCCAGGUCUGUGCUUCUCAAAAUAAAGUUGGAUUUGUGGAUCGAUCUGUUUUGGACAAGUGUCUGAGAGUCAAGUAUCUGUUUCAGACAAGUGUCUGAGAGUCAGAUUUAUCACAUGCUGCAGACUUGUUGUCAGCUUUUGUAACCCAAAACUUGAGGACCACUGAUCCUUGAAGACAUGAGACUCUUUAAAAAAAAUUAAAUUUUAUUUCGUUUUCAGA